AUGUGCCUAAGGAACAUAGAUCAAAACUUGAUUAGAAGACCAAUCUAUGUGUUUUGUGUUGGGUAUGAGGAUGAAAAGUAUGGUUAUAACCUCUACGAUCCAAAAAAGAAAAAGGUAGUGAGAAGUAGAGAUGUAGUAUUCUUUAAGCACGAGAAAGGUGCAGAUCUUCUUAGUGCAGGGUAUACUUUUACUUCGGAGUUGUGUUUUGAUACUACUAAUGAUUCUACUUAUACUCCUGUUGUUCAGCCGACAAAUGAGAAUGUUGAUGAUGUACAUGAUGAUGUUGAUGAGAUACAACCUGAUGGUAAUGUACCAGAUCAUGUUGAUGAUGAUGAUCUUGUUGAGUCUUCACUUGAUGGUAAUCCAACAAAUGAGAAUGUUGAUGAUGUACAUGAUGAUGUUGAUGAGAUACAACUUGAUGGUAAUGUACCAGAUCAUGUUGAUGAUGAUAAUCUUGAUGAGUCUUCACUUGAUGAAGAAAUUCAUGAGAAAGAUGCAUAUGAGGAAAUGAUUCAUAUAAAAGUUCGUGAGGAGGAGGAGCAAUCUAUUCCCCAAAUGGAGGAUACUCAGGCUCGAAAGUGA